AAGUAUAAAACCAUACACCAAACACGCAUGCGUUUCUUAAAUUUUGUUGCAAAGAUUAUAACAUUAUAAGUGUAACAUCAUACCUAACCCCCAACCAUAAGUUAAACGACUAUCUAGUUUCCUUGCCGAAAAACGGUUAGAACUUCGAAAUAAAUUUUAAAUCAAGAAAUAUUUUAAUUUGUCGUUAUUGUAAUACGAAAUAUUUUUGAAAAAUGGCCGUAUCUGCACUUGCUCAAGAAAAAUUCUGGAUUAACAAAUCAACUUACGAUGCAGCUGAGCGUUCCCACUUUGAACGUCUCUACAAGGUGGCCUCUCGUAUAAUUUUGGAUUGCGAUGUUAAUGAAAAAUUAAUAUCAACUAAAAUAGAAGAUUUUGUACCGGCAAAUUUAACAACAAAAUCAUCAUCAAAAAAAUUUAAAGAGAAUAAAAAUAAAGCAGAUAAAAAAAAUAAGUAUUUAAAAAAUACCGAACACGAUUCUGCUGAUAAGAAAGAAGUUUCUAAUCAGGAAAGCCGAGUGUCUGGUUGCUCAGAAGAUCCUGCCAGUGGAAGUUUGGCCAAUGAAGUUGCAAAAGCACGACAACACAUUAAAAAGGGUUUACAGUGUCUCAACAACAUCUCCGGUGAUUCAGCUGUGCCUUCCCAAGAUUUAAUAGGACGCCUUACUUAUCUUGAGAAUGAUAACCGAGAACUUCAUGCUACAGUAAAAGCAUUGAACAAACACAUAACUGAUUUGGAAGCUGCUAUUAAAAAACUAGAAAUAACAGUAUCUGGCCCAGAGCCAGCUCCUUAUCUUUGCAUUUGUCCUGCAAAACCCCCUUCAGAAAAAGCUUCACCACCAGCAGAAGAUGAUGACGAUGAUGUUGAUCUAUUUGGUUCUGAUUCAGAGGGUGAAGAUGCUGAGGCUGCAAAAAUUAGAGAGGAACGCCUUGCUGCAUAUGCUGCAAAAAAAUCUAAAAAACCAGCGGUAAUUGCAAAGUCAAGUAUAGUUUUAGAUGUUAAGCCAUGGGAUGAUGAAACAGAUAUGAAAGCAAUGGAAGCUGAAGUAAGGAAGAUCACUUGCGAUGGAUUAUUAUGGGGAGCAGCUAAACUCGUUCCACUGGCAUACAAAAUCCAUAAGCUUCAAAUCUCUUGUGUUAUUGAAGAUGACAAAGUUUCAGUCGAUUGGCUAACUGAGGAAAUUGAAAAGAAUGACGAAAUUGUUCAAAGUGUAGACAUUGCAGCAUUCAACAAAAUUUAGAAGAUAUUUAAUUCACAUUUAAUGCCAUUAUUUUAAAUAACGACAAUUUAUAUUAAAUCAAUGACAUAUUUUGGCAUUAUUUUCAUUCCAUUAUCAAUAAAUAAAAUUGCAUUGAAAAUUUUA